GCCAUAAAAACCACAUCCUUUCUUGCAAAGCAGCUCUGAUUGGUCCAGAUGGAUCCCACGCCGCUGGCUCAUCAUCUUUCAAACUUAAGAAGACUGCUUGGGGGGGACAAAAAGACAGAGGACUUUAACAAUCAAAACAUUGGGCCUUUUCUUCCUCUGCCAUGUACCCGCUAUAAAAGUGGGGGAGGGGGGAUAACUUCUUAUGUUUAUGACUGGGCGGGGUUCCAUGUAGCCCAUGAUAACAGUUGAGCAGAACAUCUCCAAAUUAGGCUUUGUGCACGAUCGUCCUUCAUCUGCAGCCCUCGACCCCGCGACACGAUGGCAGAUCAGCUCCUCAGGGCGAGGGUGGAUUUUGUGAACCGGGUGUCUUCACCAGCUAUCUCUCAGCUCCUGCACCUUACUCUACAAGACUGCAUCUUGAGUUUUGAGGAGAGACAAAGGGUUCACGAGCACAGAACCUCAGCAGACAUGGCACGAGCUCUCAUUGACACUGUGAGUAGGAAAGGAGACCUAGCCAGCAGGAUGUUCAUCUCUCACAUUCAACAUGUCGAGCCUUAUCUCUACGAAGUUCUGCGUGAGUCCUGGGGCCUACCUGCUCCACCAGCUGCAGAGCCCCAGAUGGAGGAGGAGGAGAGGUCGACCUCGCUCAUCUCCCAAACCACCAUAUCAGCUAUCAUGGCAUCCAUUUUUGAGAAACUGAAUGAAAUAUACAGGAAUCAGGAUGAGGCCAGCAGGACGAUGAUCACUAACAUCAAAAGCAAAGACCCUACACUUCACUCCAAACUGGCCUGUGGUCAAACUGCUCUGCCAGCUGCAGAACCACAGAGGGAGAAGGAAUUGUUGACCUUGUUCCUCAAUAGCCCCGUGAUGUCAUCCAUCUUUGUGUCUGUGGCUGACAAACUGAGUAACACAAAUAUUUACCCUGUGACCAAAAAGUCCAUUGAGAAUCGUGUGGCCCUGCUUAUCACUAAUAUCAACUUUACUGAUAGGACACUAAACAGAUACGGUGCUGACAGAGAUGAGGCAAACAUGAAGAACGUGCUCAGAGGUCUGGGAUACGAGGUGGUGCCACACAGAGACCUCACAGGAGACGCCAUCGGUGCUGCUAUCAGAAAGUUCUCUGAACAUCCGAAACUCAAAGAGACGGACAGUGUGGUGGUGGUUAUAAUGUCUCAUGGGAAACUGGGAUCUGUCCUCGGUGUCGACUGGAAAAAAAAGACAUCUGGUGAUGAGAAACCAGAUGAGUUCCCCAUCAACGACAUUUACAAACACUUGGGCCCAGAGGAAUGUGAAGCGCUGACGAACAAACCCAAGAUCAUCAUCAUCCAGGCCUGCAGAGGAGAGGAGGACGGAUCAGUACCUGUUAAAGAUGGUGCAAACGCAGCUGAACCCUGUGAGGAUGUGGACCAGCCGGGUCCAUGCUCGUCUGCUGGUGAACAGAACGGCAGUUCUGUGCGACGCGUGCACAGAGAGAAAGACUUCAUCUCUCUUCUCUCCUGCACCCCGGAUACUGUCUCAUAUAGAAACCCAAUCAAUGGGUCUUAUCUGAUCCAGUUUGUGGUUGAAGUAUUCAACACCUGCGCGCAGAAGGAUCACAUUGUGGAACUUUUCACAAAAGUCUUGCAACGCUUUGAAGACUUUCCAAUUGCCAGCGAUUUACAGAUGCCAACCAUCAAUAGAUACUCUCUGACGAAGUGCUUCUACUUCAAUCCAGGCCUCUGAGAUAAGACUGAGUGUUGGUUGGUGCAAACUUUGCAUCAGUAUUUAACAUUGGGGCUCACUAGUUUAUCAUAAUGUGAGAUAAACUAGUUGGUGAACUUUGGUUUCUAUGUACUUAAAUCAUUGCAUUAUUAUUUUUAUAUAUCCGAGAGUAGUACACGUUCUUUUAUACUUUUUGUAGAUUAUUUUAAGGAACUUGACUUUUUCCUGUUCUCAAAGCCACUUCUCAAGUCUUAAACACAGUAGAGAAAACAAUUUUACUGACUUAGAAAAAGGAUGACCAGAAAAAAAAAAACUUGACUUGCCCCUCGGGGCUUUCCUUUGCUUUUUUGUGAAACAAUGGCAAGCCAACUCUCCUGGCCUCCAGCAAUAAUUGAAACCCCACAGACUCUGCUGUUCAAUAAUAGACUUGAAAAAUGGGAACCACUUGUUAAAACUUUAUUAUAUUUCAUGGAAUAUAUGUUUUUUUGAUAAAUCUUAAUCUGAAAGGUAACUAGUAAGUAAAGCUCCGCAGAAAUAAGUUGGAUAUUUUCUCCUCAAGCACUGAAAUUGAAAUAUUCAAGUACAGUGCAAUUACCACUUGUAUGUAAGUGCAAGUACUUAAGGAAAUUAGCUUUUAAAUGAAAAACACAUAAAACAAAUUAAAUUAAAAAUACCAGGUUUAAAUACUUAAACUGUCAAUAAAAAGUGCAGGGUUAUAUCUGUGAACACACUGUUGGGUUGUGUGGAAAUGCAUGCUGGGUCAAAUGGGCUGUAAGUGGUUCACUGAAAUAAAAAAAUGUAACACA